ACGGGGUAGCGGGGUAGAACGGGGUACGCCAUUAAAAAACCGAACGUCUAAACGAAAAUAUCCGAAAUUGCACUGAAGGUCGCCUAAAAGCAUGGGUCGCAUGUUAGGUACGCCAGUAGUCCGAAAACCAUCGAGCAAGAGGUUAGUCUCGUUAUCAUCUGGAAUUUUCGUGUAGAUUUAUAACUUUGGCGUCCAUAUUAACCACCAUGGUUAGAAAUUAUGUUCGGAAGACAAAGCGUCAGGAAUGGUGUACCGAAUCCAUGAACGCAGCAGUUGAUGUCGUUGUUAGUGGACAAAUGGGGUAUAGGAGGGCCGCAGAACAACAUGGUGUGCCCCAAACAACUUUAGAAAGAUAUGUCGCGAAAAAAAGAAAGGAUCAACAAAACUUUGUUGUUGAUAAAUCUGUUGGAAAAUUUCGCAGCGUUUUUUCACAAGAACAGGAGAUAGAACUUGUCGACUAUUUAAAAUCUAUGGAAUCAAGACUUUUUGGCUUAACCAUGAUGGACUUUAGACGUCUGGCUUUUCAAUUAGCUAUACGAAAUCAGUGUCAACAUAAAUUUAAUGCUGCAUCUGAAAUGGCUGGCAAGGAUUGGAUGCAGUGUUUUUUAAAACGCCACCCUACUUUGACGCUGCGAAAACCAGAAUCAACUUCUGGAGCUCGAGCUAUGGGAUUUAAUAAGGUUGCGGUAGCACAAUUUUUCCACCUUCUUUUGGAAACAGUAGACAAAUAUAAGCUAGCUGGUGAACGCAUUUAUAACUGUGACGAAACGGGGUUGACUGUGAAUCCAAAGGGCCAUACCAAAAUCUUAGCCUUGAAAGGAAAGCGUCAGGUUGGCACCCUAACUUCCGCCGAACGAGGAGAAACCAUAACUGCUGAAAUCUGUUUUUCUGCUGCUGGAGCAUACAUGCCACCUAUGCUUAUUUUUCCAAGAAAACGGAAGCAACAGUCAUUUGAGUUAGGCUUGCCACCUGGUUCAGUAGUAGAAGUUAGUGAUUCUGGAUGGAUAACCUCUGAACUUUUUUUAAAUUGGUUUAAGCUAUUUGUUACGUUUUCUAAAGCAACAAAAGAAAAUCCAGUGCUUCUUUUGUUAGAUGGACAUGCAACCCAUACCAAAAAUAUUGACCUAAUUUUGCAUGCACGUGAGAACGGUGUAAUAUUAUUAUGCUUUCCACCACACACAAGUCAUAGACUGCAACCGUUGGACGUUUCCUUCAUGAAGCCGUUAAGUACAUUUUAUGAACAUGAAACUCGGACAUGGCUGCGUUGCAAUCCAGGAAAGGUAAUAACCAUUCUUCAAAUUUCCACGCUUUUGGUAGUGCCUUUUAAACGCAGCCACCAUGAAAACGCUGCUACCACGGAUAUUACAAACAAUACCCCUCCAUCAGCCAAUGAUCCUUCUACUGCACCAAGAGCUCAUACGCCAACGGAACCUUCAAUUUCAAUAACACCUCCCGCUACAAAAAUAUCUAAUCUAAGAAAAUCAACUAAAUCUCCUCUAACUGUAUCAGCAAGUGACAUUUUAAAUCCCCUACCAGGUUGCUCUUUAUGGAAAGCGCCAAACGAAUUUGCUGCCUCCGGUGUCAACAAAAAAUCUUCUUUUCCCUGCUUGUCGCCAGAAGUUGCUUUACCUAUUCCAAAAAUCCAGCAAACAGUUAAGAGAGCUAAUCGCAAGAGAGGUAAAACUGCAAUAUUGACCUCGACUCCGUAUAAGGAAGAACUAGAGGCAGCAGCAGCUGCAAAAAAGGUUUCGCAAAAGAUGAAAGAAGGCGUUAAAAGAAAAAUUAUUGGCAAAGAGAAUAAGAGUAAAGCAAGUAACAUUAAGAAAGUGAAGCGAAACCCUUCAAAGAAAGUGUCGAUUAAAAAGGUAGAUUCUGACUCAUCUUCAGAUGAAACUAGUGACGUAGAAUGUCUUUACUGUUGUGAAUACUGGUCCAAGUCUGUUGAAGGAUGGAUUGCCUGUUCAGCGUGUCACAAAUGGGCACACAAUGCCUGUGCCGGCGUUGAUAGCGAAGACGACGAAUUUGUGCUUGUUUGUGAACAGUGUCAAUCCUAA